UUUAACUUCCUGCUUCUAAAGGAGACGAGCACGUCGCACAGUAUUUGUUCUCGAACCGCGUUGUUGUUUAGCCUAACGUAGGGGUUUGUCUUGUUAUUUUUUUCUUACAGGAAUCAAACUAACUACUUUUGUUAGUUUCUGACAGCUUGUAUCGGGUAGUUUCAGCCGAAGAGUCGCAAUGCCGAGCCACCCGCUGCGUGUAGCGGUUGUGUGCUCGAGCAACCAGAACCGCAGUAUGGAAGCGCACAAUAUCCUCAGCAAACGUGGAUUUGAUGUGCGUUCAUUUGGGACAGGGUCUCAUGUCAAGCUACCCGGUCCUGCCCCGGAUAAGCCAAAUGUGUAUGACUUCAAAACAACAUAUGAACAGAUGUACAACGACUUGGUCCGCAAGGACAAGGAACUAUACACACAGAACGGCAUCCUGCACAUGCUGGACCGCAACAAGCGCAUCAAAUCAAAGCCAGAGCGCUUUCAAAACUGCAAGGAGAAGUUUGACCUGGUCAUCACCUGUGAAGAGAGAGUGUAUGACCAAGUGCUGGAGGAUCUGAACUCAAGAGAGCAGGAGACUUUGCAGCCUGUACACGUCAUCAAUGUAGACAUUCAGGACAACCAUGAGGAAGCCACGCUGGGCGCCUUCCUUAUCUGUGAGCUGUGUCAAUGUAUCCAGCACACUGAUGACAUGGAGAAUGAAAUCGAUGAGCUCCUACAAGAGUUUGAGGAGAAGAGCAACAGGCCUUUUCUUCACACUGUCUGCUUCUACUGAUGCACAGAAAAAUUGCAAUAAACACAGACCCAGAUCACAAGCAAUCAGACAAUAGAACACGGACACACACUACCUGCACCUCAAUCAUCUGUAACAAAUACACACACACACACACACACACACACACACACACACACACACACACACACACACACACACACACACACACACACACAUAGGUUUGGGUCAGGACCUAACAAGUGGCUGCUGUUGGACAUAUUGGUGAUGAUGGGUUUUUCCUCUAUGCAGAGGACGGACUCGCUGCUCUCGCUCUGCCUUUAUUCCUUCGGAUCAAGGUCAGGCCAAGGUCCUCCCUCCAUCCCAGUUCAGUGAAAUCACUCAGCCAUGUCUCCUCAGGGAGAGCCAUAACACCCACACCCCAGUCAAACAACUGCUUUACAAGUUCCUCUGAUUUUUGUUGAGUACAGCAUAUUGAUGCAGAUUUUUUUUUUCUCUAGAUGAUAUAUAAUUGUAAUUCAUUUUCAGCAUUCAGCAUAUAUGUCAGAUUUUUAUUUCUGACCUAAGACAGUGUAAAUGUCUUUCUUGGGGUCAGAUAGGGAAGAUAAUUAAUUGAAUUGAAUGCGUGUUUUGUGCGACCAUGUGUUGUAGAUUAGUUAGGAAUAAGUUAAAGUGGGUGGGCUAAUAAUAAAUAACCAAACCUAGACCUCUCUGAGGCUCUCCUCCAAUGUGUUUCCAAUAUAAUGUGUUGAUUCAUAUUUAAACUCGGAUAUGCUAUCUUUCAGGGCAUAGUAUUUUUUUUCCUUUGUAAAUGUCAAAGAAUUGAAGCAUUGUAAUUAUCUGCAAAUUGCGAGCUCAGCUCAGAGUGCCUGAAUUUUCUGUAUGUACAUAUGAAUCCACUAAAGAGAGAAACAUCUCUAAGAAA